AUGACGGUUUCGUCCAACAUGAUGACGGACCGCAACGGCAGGCCGCAGGCGAACGUGCUUAUCGUAAACGAUUCCGGCGCCGUCUUCACCGACUGUAUUGACUGCAACAUGGAGAGGAAAACCGGAGGUUACGUGGCAAGGAUUCUUAGGCCCGUGGUGGAGGAAGUGGGUCCAGAGAACGUUGUUGCGUUCUGCAUGGACGGGGGGUCGAACUAUGCGGUGGCGGUGAAGCAGCUCAUAUGGGAGUGGCCGCACAUUCAGGAUGUGCCGUGCGCCACUCACGUAUUGGAUCUUCUCAUGGAAGAUGUCGGAAAGAUGGGAUGGGCUAAGCCGGUGGUCGACAAGGGAGGGGAGAUAUCUAGCUUCGUCCGCAACCACCACUGGACCCGAGGGUACCUGUGGAAGCCGGAAUUGGUGGAGGGGAAGGUUCUGCAGGCGCUAAAGCCGGCUGGGACCCGAUUCGGGACCAACUACAUAGCCAUAUCCCGGCUAUGUGCGAUGCGCGGCAGCCUUACCAACAUGGUGACGAGCGAGGGCUGGAAGGAGUGGGCGGUAGGGGACCGGAAGAAAUCGUGUGACGGGUUCAGUGCGCUGAUCCAUGAUGCAGCCUGGUGGAAGACGGCCGAGUUCUUUGUCGCCCUGCUGAAGCUGCCCUUUAAGAUCCGCCGCAUCCUCAGAGACGGUUGGGACGGCAGCCUCUCAUGCGCCACGCAUGUCGCUGGCCGCAUCCUCAACCCCGCGAAUCAGGAGGAAGAUAUUUUCGGCAUUGAUCCCGAGUGCACGAAAGUCUUCAAGGCGUUCAUCAGCCAGCAGGCCGAGUUCCUUGCGAGCCGCGGGGAUGGGGGGGAUGACGUGUGCGACAUCUUACUUGAGCUGGGGGACGGUCCUGAGGGCGUUCCUUGA